GAGACCAGAGUUGUGGUACUGUUGUGAAAUCGAUCGCUGUCUUUGAUUUGAUUAGAGAUCGCAGUCUUUUUAGAGCAUAAAGCCUUAAUUUUGCAACACUUAUCUCUUCCGGUGUUCGAAUUUUCAGCUAAUUUAUAUCGAAGAGAUCAUCUCUCGUUGUGAGUUUCAGGAACAUUUUAUGUUUCCUUUGUAGGAAUGUCUUCAAGGGAGAGGCUAGGUUCAAAGCAUCAUAGCCGAGUUAGCCAGGGGAUGUCAACUAGUGGGUCAUCAUCAUCCAGGCACCACGAGAUCAUCUCUUCGGCUUUGGAUCCCCGUCAUCUUCGAGACCAACGGGUUUCCCUUCCCGAUAUCCUAGAAAACAAGAUUGCAGCUCAAGCUGUUGAGAUGGACCGGCUCUCUAGUGACAACCGUAAACUAGCUUCAAGCUACGUAGCUCUCAAGGAAGACUUAACUGUGGCUAACCGUGAAGUCCAAGGGCUAAGAGCUCACAUCAGAAAGACUGAAACAGACAGCGAGAUUCAGAUCCGAGCGACUCUUGAGAAAAUAGCUAAAUUGGAGGGUAUGGUGCAGAACAGAGAGAAUAUAAGGAGGGAGGUGCAAUUAGCUCACAUUGAGGCUCAUCGAUUGGCCAGAGAACGCGAAGAGCUUGCUUCGCAGGCCAAGUUGUUGUUAAAGGAGUUGAAGAAGGUUUGUCUUGAGGCAGAGAGUUUAGAGGCUUCGAGCCAAGAGCUUGAGCGGUUGAAAGAGGAGCACAAAAGAUUACGGAAAGAUUUUGAGGAAGAGAAGAGUGGGAACGUAGAGAAACUUGAGCAAUUGAAAGAGAUGGAGAGGAAAAUAAUCGGAGCGGUUAAAAAGAUUGAGAAACUGCGAAGUGAAAUCGCAACCGCAAGGAGCAGAGCCGUCGAGAAUUGAAUGUGUGUUUAGAUUUCAGAGAGGCCGAGGCUGGGGCUCCUCUAUUUAGGGAGGAUUACAAGAACCACAAUUGUGUUCUCAUUUUUCCUAAUAUAUAUAUAUGAGCUUUCCUUUUUCAAAUCAA